AACAAACUACACUAGCUUUAAAACGAUGUGUGAAUCGGUUCGGGGAUGCAUACAAGGGUUCGCCAAGGUGAUCCUGAUCAUCAUCAACACAAUAGCCCUGUUAACCGGCAUUGUACUGGUCGGGAUGGGCAUCUUCACCAUGGCUAAGGGCAAGGAGUACCUCCCUGAUGUGGGAAUAAGUCUAACCACUCCUGCUGUAUUCCUCAUAAUCCUUGGAGUCCUCCUCUUCUUUAUCGGAUGUUUCGGAUGUUUCGGAGCUAUUACAGGCAGACUCUCACUCCUUAAUGUUUACCUUAUUCUUCUGGGAAUCAUCAUCGUCCUUGAGCUUGGUGUUCUUAUCUAUGGUUUCGUCAACAAGGGAAAAGUGGAGAGUACGAUUAAGGAUGCUAUAACUGACCCCUUCAACGACGUGAAUGAGAAGGGACCUGAUGCUGACGCCAUUGACCGUGCAACUGUUGAUACUAUCAGGAGAAGGCUGAAUGCUGCGGAAUUGACGGACCUGGUUUCUGGACGAACGCCAAGUUCGCUCCCCAAGUGCCAGCCAGUUGUUGUAAAAACCAUGCAGCCGACGAAGAGCUCUGCGACAAGGACCAGGCUUACCAGUUCGGGUGUCUGAACUCGACCGAAAUGCUGGUUAAGGACGCUCUGUCUAUCAUUAUCAUCGUGAUCGUGGUGAUCGUGCUCUUCCAGCUGAUCUGCAUGGCUAUGGCCUGGUGCUCAAGAGGAGAUUACGAAAGUGUGGAUGCAUAGAGAGAGGUGAACAGAACUGUCGCUGUCAUACGCUACUUUAGCAACCGUGGUGCGUUGCCACGGUAACCAUUGUGGUAACCAUGGUAACCAUGGUGGUUACCAAGCUGGUCACCAUACUGGUCACCAUGGUAACCAAGCUGGUAACCAUGGUAAUCAUGUGUAACCCUGCAAAACUUUUCGUAUCACAACACGCACGACAGUUGUCCUCCUAGACGAUUAAGUUUUCUUCUUCUAUGGCUUUUUUUUUGUGUAGUCUAGGGUGCUGCUAGUGUCGGACCUAAACAAUUAUUACUGUGUACAUAGUCCAACUUUAAUUUUCACGCGGUCUAGGUGUACUAGUAGUUUUACGUGUAAUAGUACACAGGUCCCUGUGUUUCUUUGCGUCUAGUUUGUGUGACAGUUUGUUGGCGGCGGUGUUCUUACCUCCUUUACUUUUACCUUUUUACAAAUCUAUGUGGUUGAAAUAUUGAACUUCUUGAUAUCUUGUGUAUUCUCAUUUUCGUUCGAAUUCUAUAAGUUUAGGUUUCCCGAUUUUUUAUUAUUUUUAGAGUGGUGAUAUUAUCAUGUAAUUAUGUUACAUUAUAUAAGUAGCUUUUUGAAUCGGAUCAAUUGAAUUAAUCUCAAA